ACAUAAUUAGUAUAGUAACAUGGAAAGCAGAAUCGUGGAAGAUCGAAACCCAGAGCUUGAAGAAAGUUUCUCAUUUAGCAGCUACGACUUCAAUUCCUCUUCCUCUUUUGUAUUCUUCUCUGAUAACGAAGAUAUUGAUGACAAUAGUGAUGAUGAUGGGGGCGGUGGUCGUGAUUCUUAUAUCGAAAUAGCUCUUGAACCCGCAAAUAUUCACCAGAAAAAUAAAUACGAUAAUGAUGAGGAGGAGGCAAUGGAGCUUCGGAUAUCAUUUUCAUCAAGCAUCCCAUUACCAGAUCAAGAAACAAACACGGCAGAAUUAUGCGAGUCUGUGGCUUCCUCUGCUUCAUCAUCGUCUUCUUCGUUUACUUUCACCUCUUCAUUCACCGAGAGUCAACGGAAUACAGAGGCGGAGUCAAAGCAGCCUUCUGAUUGUACAAAACAGGAGAAGACUAUUAAAAGCAAGGUUCAUAAGACGUUCAGUUCUAGUUUCAGGAUAUACUCGCCGGAGAUUGAUGUCGGUGAUAGUUCAGCCGACACCGCCCGCUUGAACCUCGUACCUGCCAGCAAUAGCAGAAAGAAUGUACCAAAGAUAGCAACAACAACAAUGAGUAGUACUGGCAUGUUGAUGAAUUUCUUCGUGAAAUUGCGAGUCUCGAAAUUAAAAACAUUGCUAGCCUCAUUUCUGAAAGCCUCUCAGACAAACUCUGGAAGACACAAAGGCAAGAAACCUGAAGAGACUUUCAGGACGAAUUAUCGGAACCUAAUUAACCCAAUAGACAAGGGAUCAGCAGCAGCAGAACGAAAGCAAGGAAACGGAGAGAAAUCAAGAAUGUUGGAGCUGAACUUGGAUGCGAUUAAAGAGUAUGUGCUGGAAGCCAUGAGUAUUACCAGCCUUGGUCGUAGAGAUAGAAGAACAAAAAGUUGCCCUGUUUCUACCAAGUCUUCCCCAAUUCACCUACGAUCUAUGAGCGAGAGUAAUAAGAUGUCUGCUACAGAAAACUCCAUUCAGGCAGCUAUUGCUCAUUGUAAGAGAUCAUUGGGCCCAAAUAUUUGAUUUAUAUUUGGUUUUUCAGAAACUUUUCUUUCCAUUGAAGUGAAGUAAAGCUUUAUGAGAAUUAUAACAUGGUGGCUUCGUCCUCCCAAUUAAUUUUCUUGAA